AUGGCCACGCGAGCAAUGUCAGACCUAUCCCUCAACCCCGCCUCCAAAGCUCCCAAAGGCAAACCAAAGGGAAAGAAAGCAGCCCCAGUAGCCGACUCCUGGGAAGACGAAGAGGUGCCCUCCGACACGGAACCGCAAUCUCCCCUCCCCAGUGACUCUCCCCUCUCCCCCUCCGCCGACCCCAAGAUCGAUGGCUCGGGCGUCGCCGCGCCCCCUCCGACGCCCAGCUCGCCGUCAUACAGCUCCGGCACGCCGCCCCCCUGGCAGUCCAUUCCCGGCGCGGUAUCGGGGGGCAGCAGCGAGAGCUCGGGGACCGAAGGCAAGAGGCCCGAGAAGACGGACGCGGUGGCCCGGCGCAUGAUUGCCAGCGCGCUGGGGGUGCGGGCGCCGCGGGCGACGGAGGAGCAGCGUGCGUACGAUCGCGCGGUUAGGGAAAAGGAGCGGAGAAGGAGGGAGGAGGAACGCGAGGCGGAGAAGAGGAGGCUGGAGGAGGCGGAAAGGGCGAAGGUAGCGAUUUGGGAGGAUUGA